AUGGAAAUCAACAAGAGCAGUAACCAUGACCAAGCAGAUCUGAUCAGCAAAAUAUGCGCCUACCUGGAUCCGCACAUGACUCAGAUAAUUCUGAGUUGGAUGAAGGAGAAUAAGGUGCUGAAUGAAGCCGACAUCGACCAAAGCCUGGGUCUGUUGAAGGAAGGGUGCGAAAAGGAAAUCGUGAACAUCGAAAAUGAAUUCACCAACGGAAACAGGGGAGUUAUCGUGAACUGUCUGGAUAGCUUGGAAGUCGAAAUAGAUGAUUUCCAGGAAGCUAUGAAUAUGUACAGAAAUGAUCAAAUGAACAAAAUCGGAGCAACGGUGGAAAAGAAAAGUAUCAUGUCCUUGAGAGAUUGGUGUAACGUAAAUGUACUCGAAAAAACAAAGACCUACAAUUUUACGGACAAUAUAGAUGACAAAAUUUUAAAGCUAAGUAGGUAUUACUACCAGAAAAAAGAUUACCAAAGGAGCAAGCAACAUUUACUCCUAUACAUUUUGAAUAUCUCAGAAAUAAUCAUUAACAUUUCCGAUUCACCCAAAAUGAGAUUGUGCUACUGGGGUAUCAUAAGUAAUAUCAUUAACAGCUUCUUUGCCAACCUACAUAAUGAUGAUUACAUUUUACAAAAAACAGAAGAAGGAAAAUUAGUCGUGAGGGAAGAGAUUGUAAAUGAAAUAAACGUAUGCAUAGAAACAAUAGUUAAAUUGAGUCAGGUACUAAAUAAAGAUAAAGUAGGAAAAACUGAAAUUAUUUUACAGAGAAGUUGGUUAAUUCAUUGGUCCCUCAUUUUAAUAUUCCAUUUCUUCAUGUAUUUAAUAUAUGUAAAAACUAUAUACCCAAAGAAUAAUUCCUUUUCUAUGCUUCAAGAUUGGUUUAUCGAUGAAAAAAAUUUGUCUAUUCUUAAUUUAAUAUGUCCACAUAUUAUUAGAUACUAUUGUGUGUAUGCCAUAUUCUACCGAAAUAGGAAAGACCAUUUUGAGCUUAUCCUGAAUACCUUAAAUUUGCUGAAGCCUAAAUAUACAGAUCCUUUCACUUCUUUACUAAUUUCUAUAUUUACUGAGUACGAUUUUAAUAUGGCUCAAAAGUGUAUUGCUGAGUUGGGAUCCAUUUGUGAAAAAGAUAUUUUUCUAUUUAAGUUAAAGCCAUUUAUAGAGGAACAGAGCAGAUACAUCAUCUUCGAGACCUACUGUCGCAUCCAUAAAUCUAUCAACAUUGACAUGAUUGCAAAUAAGGUUAACCUGCCUAGAGAUGAUGCAGAGAAAUGGAUUGUUAAUCUCAUUAGAAAUGCUAAACUGGAUGCCAAAAUUGACAGUGAAAAGAACUGCAUAGAAAUAUCUACCACUUUGCCCAACUUAUACCAACAAGUUAUUGACAAAACGCAAAAUCUAACCAUGAGAUCCAAUUUCCUUGUUCAAGUUUUAAAUAGAUCAUCAACAGAUGAACAGUUCCAGAAGAAUAUUCGAUUUAAAAAUAAAAAUGAAAAGGGAAAGAACCCAAAGAGGGGAGGAAAGCAGUACAACUCCUUAUAUAACCCCAACAAGGGAGGAGGCGUCAAACUCGUCUCUGCGAAUAUGUAA